CGAACGACACGUCAGGAAACUUCAACUUGGGGCUGGAUUGAGGAUUUGGGAAUUUUGGAAGUUAAUGCUAGCGCGCUAGAUAAUAUUUUAAUUUUUAAAUCAAAUAAUGUAAUAUAAUAACAAUGGGUGGACAAAAAUUUGAAUAUGAUGAGAGUGGAUCAACAUUCUUCUACUUUGUUUUAUCAUUCCUCGCUCUUAUAUUGGUGCCGGCGACAUUUUAUUAUUGGCCGAGAAAACGGAAAGAAGAUCCAGCAAAAAAAGCGGAACUAUGUCAGUGUCCAAAUUGUGUACAGAAACAAAUUAUAAUAGAACAGUCCGAACCAUACAAGAAAGUGAAAAACUUUUUUAUUAUGUUAGCAAUAAUAUCAGGGUGGGUGCUUCUGGGGUUUCUAGCAGUUAAAGUGUCUCAGUUUGACUAUGAGAUGUCUAACUUUGACCCAUAUGACAUAUUAGGCUUGCCUCCAGGGGCGACUCAGGCUGAAAUCAAAAGAUCUUAUCGCAAACAAUCUUUGAUACUUCAUCCGGAUAAGGAAACUGGAGAUGAAAAGGCUUUUAUGAAACUGACAAAAGCAUAUCAGGCUCUAACAGAUGAUGAAGCCAGAAGAAAUUGGGAGAAAUAUGGGAAUCCUGAUGGCCCAGGAGCUAUGAGCUUUGGUAUAGCACUGCCGAGUUGGAUUGUGGAGAAAGAGAACAGUGUGUGGGUUCUGGGGCUGUAUGCGCUAGUCUUCAUGGUAGCUCUGCCUACAGCUGUUGGUACAUGGUGGUAUCGGUCAAUUCGGUUUUCAGGAGAACAAGUUUUGUUGGACACAACACAAAUGUACUUUUACUUCUGCCACAAAACACCAUCCAUGCCUUUGAAGAGAGCUCUGAUGAUUUUAGCAGCGUCAUGUGAAUUUGACAAACGGCAUAACUCUGAAAUUAUUGAAAGAAUAACUGACAAUGAAGAGGUCCCAAUGCUUUUACGUGAGCUACCAAACUUGGGCGAGAAAAACAAAGAGCAGCCACUAUGUCGGCCGUACAGUAUAAAGGCCCGGGCGCUGCUGCACGCUCACCUCAUGCGCAUGAAGCUGCCGGCCGACACGCUGGAGGUCGACCGCCGCUACAUCGUGUCGCGAUGCCCCAACCUCAUCGUUGAAAUGGUCAACUGCGUUAACCAACUCAUCGCGCUUGCUUACGCGAGAAGAAUACCUCGGCUGCCCACGAUAGGUACUAUCGAAAAUUGUAUGAAACUGUCCCCAAUGAUAGUUCAGGGGCUUUGGGACUAUAAAUCCGCUCUGCUGCAACUGCCAUACAUUACGGAAGACAAUCUAAGGCAUUUCACGAAUCGCAAGAAGCACAUCAAAUCUCCGUUACAAUUGGCACAGCUCUCUGGGGAAGAAAGGAGACAGGUGCUCCGAUUCCUAAAUGACAAACAGUUUGAUGAUGUCAUGAAAGUGCUGGGCAAUAUGCCUUACAUACAUUUCCAAGUUAACACUGAAGUAAUUGAUGAUGAGAACUCAACAGUGGUGACAGCUGGUGCAAUAGUAACAGUAACGGUGCUUCUCCGCAGAACCAACAUGAAAGAACUCUUUGGAGAUACUACUAUUAAAGAAAAAACAUUGAAAGAAGAAGAAGACGGAGGCGGGGACGCUACAGAAAAAGCCGAGAAUGAUAAGAACAAUAAAACGGAUAAGAACGAGAAGAAGGACGUGUACAAACGGCCCGUGUGGAUGAAGCAGAAGAAAGGGCCGGCCAAGAAGGGCAAGAAGCCCGCUGCCAAGCAGCAGGCCAAGCCCGUCGCCGCGCCGCCCGUCGUGCAGAACGCAGAAAAACCUAAAGGAAAUAAGGAGCCAAAGAAAAAGGAUGAGGAAGGAGGCGAGGAGUCCGACGAAGGCAGCUCGGACGAGUCGGGCACCCACAGCGAGGGGUCGGGCGACGAGUCGCGCGACAAAUCGUCCGCGCCCGACGACGACGAUGACCAGUGGGACAAGUUCCAGAAGCGCCUGCAGAAGCGAGAGAGGCUCGAAGGACGCUCAAAGUGCUCGCAUCCAGUGCACUGCCCAUACUUCCCCUUGGAGAAGCAGGAGUACUGGUGGUGCUACAUCUGCGACCGCAAGUCCAAGACGCUGCUCACGGCGCCGGCGCACGUGACCGCGCUGGUGGACUCGCACGAGCUGCAGCUGCGCUUCACGGCGCCGCGGUGGCCCGGCCUCUACACCUUCGCCUGCUGUCUGCGCUCCGAUUCGUACAUCGGCAUGGACCAGCAGCAGGACAUGAAGAUAGACGUGAAGGAAGCGGCGGCCGUGCCCGCCGAGCACCCACAGUGGGACCUUAGCGACUCCGACUCAGAAAACAAUGAAGAGGGCGGCAACGAAAGUGAAUUCACAACAGACGACGAGGUGGAAGAGGAGUAAUAUGGAAAUUAAAUUAUUUUUAUAGAGUUUUUAAUGAAGUGUAUGCGGAAUAAUGUUGUUGUAUGGAUUGAGAGCGGAUGAAUAUAGUAACUUUUAUAUUCAAA